AUGCUGGCCCCGCGCCUGCUCCGGCAGCGCUGCCUCGCCCGUCCCGCCAAGGCCGCAAUCCUCCUCCCACCCUCGGCGUGUGCCACAGUCGCACGCUCAGCCCGCCCUCGCUUCUACUCGCCGACCCCGAAGCGCCGGAACAUCGACCCCAGCGAGUUGCAACGAAGGCUGCAAGAGGCCCGCCCUCUUCUGUCUCACAAGACUGCAGACCGCUUCCAGAAUGCAGGCCGUAGUCGGAACUCCAGACUCUUCGUCGUCGGGUGUGUUGGUGCCGCCGUGGCCUUCUACCUGGCCAACUCGCAGACGGUGCCAGUCACUGGCCGCCGGCGGUUCAACUUCCUGGGAGAGGGUUUCUUGGACAUACUGGGGUCAGCCAACGCCGAUGCCAUCGCCCAGGAGAUUGAGGAGGAGGGGGGACGCUUCCUGCCGCCGAGGGACCGGCGCGUGAGGGUUGUGCAAGAGGUCAUGGAGCAGCUCAUUCCUGUCAGUGGGAUGAAAGACCGUGAAUGGGUGGUACAUGUGAUUGAUGACGAACGAACUGCGAACGCUUUCGUCACACCGGGUAAUCGAUUAUUUGUCUACAGCGGCUUGAUCAGGGUCUGUGGGAACCGAGAUGCCCUUGCGGCGGUCAUGGGCCACGAAAUUGCACAUGCUGUUGCCGCCCACAGCGCAGAGCGCAUGUCGGCCGCGUGUGUGGCUAACUUGACAUCGGGGAGCCUGUUCUUCUUGAUCGGCGCCCUUCCUGGACUGGCUCUAUUUGGCCUGUGGAGUUUAUCAGGAGGGCGAUUUAUCCAGAACUAUCUGUUCAGCCUGCCAAUGACACGAAAGAUGGAGAGCGAGGCAGACUACAUCGGCCUCAUGAUGAUGGCCGAGGCGGGUUUCGACCCCAGGGCGGCGAUAGGUUACUGGGAACGCAUGCAGAACCUUGCUCGGCGGGGAGGCCAGGAGGUGCCGGAGUUGCUGAGUACACAUCCUUCGAACGAGAAUCGGAUAGAGAAGAUGAAGGAAUGGAUGCCAGAGGCCUUGCAACGACGCAGCGAGAGCCCGCAUCGCACUGGACAGUCGCGGGCAAGCGAGCUCAGGGAGGUCCUAAUAGGAAGGCAGCUCUUCCGUCUGUAG